CAAUAAAUAAAUGAUUAUACCCAUUAUUAUAUGGCUGAUGCUGUUAUUGCGAGUCCGCCUGAAUCGUCUUCAGUACGUGCAAUGCCUAUCUUGCCUUGCCUCGACUUGAUGGACCAAUAAAUAUCUGGUUGUUUGUUCCAAGAGAAAUGUAGAUACACAUCUGAGGUACUACAAGUAUCAGUUACAACACAUAACAUGCCACUAGAGACAGCACAUGUCAAAGAGGCAGAGGCUGGGUGUGUGAAGAUGGAGUCCAGAGUGAUGUGUGUGCAGAUUGAGCCCAGCGCGGUAUGUGUAAAGACAGAGCCUGGAGAGAUGUGUGUGAAGACGGAGCCCGAAGCACCGUGUGGGGAGAAGAAGCGUGAGUGUGAGGACAGACUGUAUACCCAUCCUGAUCUCAAGAAUAAGCUUGUGUUGGGCCCUAAGGAGUGGCACCGUCCUCAAGUGUGUUCGGUCAGCAGCAAACGGUUUGCGAUGGCUCAUUCCGUGGUGAUCGAGCGCCUUCGCAGCGAGGCGACUGUUCUUAGUGGAGAAAAACCAUACACCUGCGAACACUGUGGCAAACGUUUCAGAAACAAGUCUACCUUAAGGAAACAUAUACAACGCACACAUUUAUCGACCGGGCCAAGGAAAAUUGCUUGUGAUUCUUCUAGUUCUACAUCCCAGGCCAAAUCGCUUGUAUCACAGAAAGAAAAAACGCACAAACGAAGUCGCCAGAAAAUACGCACUGGAGAGAGGCCUUUUCAUCAAUGUAGUUACUGCGACUACAAAGCUCUUAAAAUACAUCACCUACAAUGUCACAUAAGAAUACACACUGGCGAGAAGCCUUACGCGUGUAGCUACUGUGAUUACAAAUGCAGUCAGAAAUCCGCCUUAAAAGGACACCACAUGAUUCAUACUGGGACAAAGCCGUUUAAAUGUAGCGUUUGCGACUACAGUUGCAGGCUGAAAACAACCUUGUUAAUACAUCAGAGGGUACACACCGGAGAGAAGCCGUACGCAUGUAGUCUUUGCGACUACAAGGGCAGUGCCAGGGCAAACUUACGAAAACACGAAAUGACACAUACUGGCGAGAAACCAAAAACAUCAUACACAUGUAGUUAUUGCGAGUUCAAGUGCUAUGCUAGUUCAGUCUUACGUAAACACGAAAUGAGACAUACUGGCGAGAAGCCAUUUCAGUGCAGUUACUGUGAUUACAAAUUCAGUCAAAAAUAUCACUUACAAAAUCACAUAAGAAUACACACUGGAGAAAAGCCUUACAAAUGUAGUCAUUGCGACUACAAGUGCAGCGAUAGGUCGGCCUUACGAUCUCAUGAAAUGACACAUACUGGCGAGAAGCCUAUUCAAUGUAGCCACUGUGAUUACAAAUGCCGUAACAAUUCAAUGCUACGACGCCACCAGAAGACUCAUACUGGGACAGAGCCUAAAAAUGGAAAAGUUGCGAGGAAAAGUGCAACCUGUACUGUAACAGCACCUGUGGAGUCACCAGAUGAUACACACGGGGGAGAAGCCUUACAGGGAACGUGUCGGGGUACUCUCGGGAAUGGCAAUAAGUAGUGAGGGGCGACGCUCGCGACCUAUCCAGAGGGCCUACUGCGAAUACCGAAGUCCCCGAAUUGCGGGCAUCUUUCUCUAUCACUCAAUUACGCCUUAAUUGGAGCAAAAGAGAAAGAUGCCCACAAUUUGCGAGCUUCGGUGUUUGCACUCCAGGUCUUUAGAAAAAAGUGGACGACGUCAGGAGACCGUUUCUCCAUACAAACAUAGUCCCCAUUUUGCCCUUUGGAUAUUA